GACAGGUGUCACUCAUUUUGCAGUACUGGACUGAAAAUUAAAUUCAAUCAUCUGUUAAAUUGUAAUUAAUCAGUAAACUAAAACCUGUUGAUGAACGCAGUCGUUAUUCGGUAAAUUUUAAGGAAAAAUGAAAAUUACAAUUGCAUGUUUUUUAACCACUUUUGUGGUGAUAUUUAGUGAAGUGACCUCACAGGCUGGUAGACCCGGUGCUUAUGGAGGUGGAGGAGGCGGUGGUGGACCCUUAGGUGGAGGUGGUGGAAGACCUGGCGGUGGUUAUGGGGGACAAGGUGGUGGCUUUGGUGGUCAAGGUGGUGGAUAUGGUGGUCAAGGUGGUGGCUAUGGUGGUCAAGGUGGUGGCUAUGGUGGUCAAGGUGGUAGCUAUGGUGGUCAAGGUGGUGCCGGUGGAUUUGGCGGUCAACCUGGACAACCCGGUCAACCUGGCGGUAGUGGAGGCAGCGGUUUUGGAGGCAGUGGUGGUUACGGUGGCAGUGGCGGCUAUGGAGGAAGCGGUGGUUAUGGAGGUCAGGCAGGCCAACCAGGACAACCUGGUCAACCUGGUGGUUUUGGUGGUAGAGGAGGUGAUGGUGGAUAUGGUCGUUAAUAAAAUGAUGUAGUUAGUAAUCUCGAUUAGACGUUAUAUUCCUAAUAAAGAAUUUGUUAUUUGCCCGUAAGGGCGACAUAUUGAAAAA